CACACACACACACACACCCCAACUCCACCUCAUCUCGGUGGUGUUGUGCGCAAAAUCUCCAGCGCCGGACGGACGGACGCAGUUUGACGGCACAAACGAGCGGCACUGCGGGAGGGGGGAGAUCCAAGAAAAGCGCAUCCGAGGCACACAUGGAUAUUUAACCGGGCAUUACACGUUUUUUAAUCUCUUUUUUUUUUUUUUUUUUUUAACCCCUGUGCUGUUGCUUUUGCCCCAGGGGUGUUAAUUCAACCUGCUCGAUGUCUCUCAUCAGUUUGUAACCGAAACAAAAUGAGGAUUUCUUCUCGCGACUGGUUUCUGUUGAUAUUCUGUGGCUUUUGGGGACUGGCAAUGGGUGCUUUCCCGAGCAGCGUUCAGAUCGGCGGGCUGUUCAUCAGAAACACCGAUCAGGAGUACACUGCCUUUCGCUUGGCAAUCUUCCUGCACAACACCAGCCCCAACGCCUCGGAAGCCCCGUUCAACCUGGUGCCUCACGUGGACAACAUCGAGACAGCCAACAGCUUCGCCGUCACCAACGCCUAUCUCAGCAAUUAUUUUGUUUGCUCCCAGUACUCCCGCGGUGUCUUCGCCAUCUUCGGCCUGUACGACAAGCGCUCGGUCCACACGUUGACGUCCUUCUGCAGCGCGCUGCACAUCUCCCUCAUCACGCCCAGCUUCCCCACCGAAGGCGAGAGCCAGUUCACGCUGCAGCUGCGGCCGUCCAUCCGAGGGGCGCUGCUGUCCCUCCUGGACCACUACGACUGGAACAAAUUUGUCUUCCUGUACGACACCGACCGGGGAUACGCCAUCCUGCAGGCCAUCAUGGAGAAGGCGGGACAAAACAACUGGCAGGUCAGCGCCAUCUGCGUCGAAAGCUUCACCGACGCAAACUACCGACGGCUGCUGGAGGAUCUGGACCGGAGACAAGAGAAGAAGUUCGUCAUCGACCUGGAGGCCGAGCGGCUGCAGAACAUGCUGGAACAGAUCGUCAGCGUUGGAAAACAUGUCAAAGGGUACCAUUACAUCAUGGCCAACCUGGGCUUUAAGGACAUCAACCUGGAGCGCUUCAUGCACGGUGGAGCCAACGUGACGGGCUUCCAGCUCGUCGACUUCAGCAACCCGAUGGUCAUCAAACUAAUGCAGCGCUGGAAUAAGCUGGACCAAAGGGAGUACCCGGGCUCGGACGCCCCGCCCAAGUACACCUCCGCACUGACGUACGACGGGGUGAUGGUGAUGGCCGAGGCCUUCAGAAAUCUGCGCAGGCAGAAGGUGGACAUUUCCAGGCGGGGGAACGCCGGCGACUGUCUGGCCAACCCGGCCGCCCCGUGGAACCAAGGCAUCGACAUGGAGCGAACUCUCAAGCAGGUCCGACUGCAGGGAUUAACAGGUAAUGUCCAGUUUGACCACUAUGGCCGCAGGGUUAACUACACUAUGGACGUGUUUGAACUGAAGAAUAAUGGACCCCGACGGAUCGGCUACUGGAAUGAUGCAGACAAACUGGUGCUGAUCCAGGACUCUCCUCUGCUCCCGAAUGACACCUCCGGCAUGGAGAACCGCACCGUGGUCGUUACCACCAUCAUGGAGGGCCCCUACGUGAUGCUCAAGAAGAACUGGGAGGGGUACGAGGGCAACGACCAGUACGAGGGGUACUGCGUGGACUUGGCCUCCGAGAUCGCCAAACACAUCGGCAUCAAGUACAAGAUCUCCAUCGUUCCCGACGGGAAGUACGGCGCCAGGGACCCGGAGACGAAGAUCUGGAACGGGAUGGUCGGGGAGCUGGUGUACGGGAAAGCGGAAAUCGCUGUGGCCCCUUUGACUAUCACGCUGGUCCGGGAGGAGGUGAUCGACUUCUCCAAGCCCUUCAUGUCGCUGGGCAUUUCCAUCAUGAUCAAGAAGCCCCAAAAGUCCAAACCGGGGGUGUUCUCCUUCCUGGACCCGUUGGCCUACGAGAUCUGGAUGUGCAUCGUGUUCGCGUACAUCGGCGUGAGCGUGGUGCUCUUCCUGGUCAGCCGCUUCAGCCCGUACGAGUGGCACACCGAGGAGCCCGAGGAGGGCACCGACGGUCCGCCAAGCGACCAGCCCCCCAAUGAGUUUGGUAUCUUCAACUCCCUGUGGUUCUCCCUGGGCGCCUUCAUGCAGCAGGGCUGCGACAUCUCCCCCAGAUCGCUAUCGGGUCGAAUCGUUGGAGGAGUGUGGUGGUUCUUCACCCUCAUCAUCAUCUCGUCCUACACGGCUAACUUGGCUGCCUUCCUCACCGUGGAGAGGAUGGUUUCCCCCAUAGAGAGCGCCGAGGAUCUGGCCAAGCAGACGGACAUCGCAUACGGCACUCUGGAUUCCGGCUCCACCAAGGAGUUCUUCAGGCGGUCCAAAAUCGCCGUCUACGAGAAGAUGUGGGGGUACAUGAAGUCGGCCGAGCCCACCGUCUUCACGAAGACCACGGCGGAGGGCGUGGCGCGCGUCCGGAAGUCCAAAGGCAAAUACGCCUUCCUCCUGGAGUCCACCAUGAACGAGUACACCGAGCAGCGCAAGCCGUGCGACACCAUGAAAGUGGGAGGAAACCUGGACUCCAAAGGCUACGGAGUAGCUACACCCAAGGGUUCACAGUUAAGAACGCCUGUAAACCUUGCCGUAUUGAAACUGAGUGAAGCAGGAGUCUUAGACAAACUGAAAAACAAAUGGUGGUACGAUAAGGGGGAGUGUGGACCCAAGGACUCGGGAAGUAAGGACAAGUCAUCCCAGGCCCUAAGUCUGAGCAACGUGGCGGGGGUCUUCUACAUCCUCGUUGGGGGCCUGGGCCUGGCCAUGCUGGUGGCUCUCAUCGAAUUCUGCUACAAGUCGCGCAACGAGGCCAAGAGAAUGAAGCUGACGUUCACAGAGGCCAUGAGGAACAAGGCGCGCCUGUCCAUCACGGGCAGCGUGGGGGAGAACGGACGGGUGCUGACGCCGGACUGUCCCAAGGCCGUCCACACGGGGCCCCCCCUCCGCCAGGGCUCCGGCCUGGCCCUGGUCUCCUCCGAGCUCCCGUGAAAACCAAAAACCUCUCAAGUGCCUUAUUCCAAUAGCAAGAAAGGAAACCAGUAAUCACACCGACGCCCACGAAACAAGCAGACACUCACGGAGCAGGAUUUACACAGCUGACGGGUCAUCGCCGGGGGGGGGGGUGCGGGCAGAUCCCGCUGUCAGAGGUCGCGUGACCUGUUGUGAAUAAAAGGAUUCCUCCCCCCCGAAAUCUGUGGAAACCAGAGGCAGAAAAUCUUAGAAAAUGUUUCUAAAUCAAAUGAGAGUCCGCCGGAGACAUUCGACCUUUACCUCCCCCCCCCUCCUCCCCCCUGACGUGAAGAGGAGCAGCGAAGGAUGGAAAUGAAUAAAUAUCAUGUUAUAUGAUAAAGAUAAAGACCAGAAAACUGUAAACUUGAAAUUGAUGAAAAAGAGAGAAAAAGAAGAAAACGACUGAACCACAAUCAAGAUUGUUUUUGAACUGUUUGCUACGCAGACAUUUGCAACAUUCACAAUCUCACUAAAUAUCAGCAAGUGACUCGGGUCACUUGAGGUCCCGGGCCAUGAAAAACGGUUUGUAUCCAUAAUUACAAAAAUGAAAUCUACUGAUAUUGAAUAUAUGAACAAACAUAGGAAACUGUGAAGAUUAGUAAAUAUGUAUAUUCCACAAAAAAGCAGAAUAAUAAGUUAGCUGUACAUAGGGGACGACUGUGUACCAUGCUUGCUUUUUAAACAGAUGUACAUAGCAGAUACUGUAGUGGACAGAACGUUCUUUUUUUUUUGUAAAUCAUCUUUAAAGAUCUUAUCUUAUUCAUCGCAAUAAUGAUGAUGCCACUUAAAAGAGGAGAGCAGUGUUAAAGUCUGUUACGUGUUGAAUACUUAACUUUAUUAUCUAGGAACAUUCAAACUCUUAAAUGUGAAUGGGGUAUCAACUGCCCAAAUAUCCCGGUACCUGUUGCAUACAAAUUCAUUAAUAUAUUCAACGAUGAAUGUUAAGUAGCUCCACCCCCCCCCCAAAUCCUUAGACCGCCCCCCUCACUGUGCAGACGUAGACCCGGAGAGACGCUCGCCAGCAGAGCUUCACAAAUCAAGUUUCCGCUGUCAGAAUAUGAAUAUUUUUUUCAUUCUCUUUGAUCUAUUUUUUGUACGGAGAAAUAUUUGAAAAAAAAGAAGAAACUGUGUCCUGGUUUUAAAUGUCCGCAGUCCGGUAGGACUUUUAAGGCCGUUAUACGUGGGUAGACAUAACGCCAUAUAGAAGAAAAAAAAGUACCAUUUCUCUCAUCAUCACGCGUUAUUUGGAGUGUCGACGUCGAACCGGAGCUCAGAAGUUCCUUCUGGAAACACUGUGGAUCGUCCAGGGGGGGAGGGGGGGUCGGGCCCUCUGUAGCAGGAGGGUCACCGGCGUCCUCGUCUCCUCGUUUGGAAGGACAACCUGCGAUAGGGUCUCGUCUUCAGCCGCAGCAGCGCGCCUCGGCGUUGCUUCUAAACGGUUCUCAUCCGUCUCCCGUGCACGUGGCGCGGCGGAGUUUGCGGGAAUAAUUUGUUUUUUUGUUUGUUUGUUUUUUGUUGUCCUGCAAUCCGUCUGAAGAGCUGAAGUGUAAUACGGCGUCUCAUUUCGGUUCGACUGUACAUCUUUAUUUUGACUUUUUUUAAGUAAAAAAAUAAUUCAAAUUGCAA